UUUACACACACACACACACACGCACACACGGAAGGCGAGACGACGACAAACACACAAACACACUCGUACAAUCGAGCGACAGAGAGACAUACACCGACACACACCGACAGGCGACGACGUGGCCCCCGUUUCCCGAGAGAUCGUGUGAGCGUCGCUGUCGACGUCGACGUACAUACGGUUACCGUUUCGUUCCCGUUCCGAUCGAUCGUUCAAAAAAUCGUAUAUUAUUAUUCUUAACAACAAAAAUAAUAACAAAAUCAAACAACGCGGGAGACCAAUAUCGAAACCAGACGCUGUUCGCAGUUCGCAGUUCGCAGUUGGCGUCACAGCUGCAGUCAGCGUCAACGCCAGCGUCAACGCCAGCGUCAGGCGUCCGGCGUCAGGCGUCAUCGUUUUUGUGUUAAUUAAAUUUACUUUUGUGAAUGAAAUGCGAAAAAGAGCAAAGCGAAAAAUCAUUUUUAAUAAAUGCUAAAUAAAAUACAACUACAACAAACAUAUAUAUAUCUGGAAUAUAUAUAUAUGCAUAUGUAUAGAUCGGCAGAUCGUGUAUAACAAAAAAAAAAAAAGAAAAGAGGAGAUCUUGAACCCCCGAAAUCCGAACCAGCAAAAAGUGCCUGUAUCUACUAUCUUUUGGAUUACAUUUUUUUUUUUUAUAUCUACAACACGAAUCCCAGUGCCAGAAAAGGAUUAUAUCUAGCGGAUAUAUAUGUUGAUUUAUUACGGAAUAAAUUGCACGGAUUGCUAUUGAAAAUCAAUAUAGCAAUCGUAGCAAAAAAGGCAAUCACUGCAAAAGGAUGAAGGCAAAUCGAGCUGAUUCCGAGGGCAGAAACUAUUAUCGAAGGCAUUGAGAGACCCGAGAGAGAGAGAGAGAGAGCGAGAUAUAUCCAGAGAAAAGAUAUAUAUGCAAUAGCGAGAGAGAGAGAGAGCUCUGGAGGCAGAGGAGGCGGUGGAGAGGAGACGGGAGAGAGGAGAAAGGAGAACGAGAGGAGAGGAGAGGAGAGAGAGUGAGUGAAAGAGAGAGUGUAGCAGGAGAGGAGCGGUAGCGGGAGUAUUGGAGUACAACACUACAUGGAUCGCAGAAAUGGCGGCGAUCCCUUGGCGCCACCCCGGCCCCCGAAGCUAUUACCGCGCGUGCAUCGACCAAGGGCGCCGGAGCCGACAGCACUAAGUGGUGUCCAGGGAGGAGCAUCCGUGGCAUCGACAGCAGCAACCACAGCAGCAAUCCACAAUAAUAAUUCACAGCAGCAACAACUUAGUAUUAACGCAACGACGACAGCGAUAGCGACAGCGACGACGAUAAAUAAUAACACGAUAUCGAUAAUACCCGCAUCACCGAUUUCGGCCGAUUACGAUUCCGAUUAUCAGAUCCAUCAUCUGACAUUUCUGCCACAGCGACCGAGCAGCUUGAGUCGCAACAGCAGCAACGCCUCCUCAUCGACAGCGACUGCGACUAGCAGUAGCACGGGAACGGGCACCGGCACGGGCUCGGGCUCCAUUUCCGUAUCCGGUUCGAGCUUCCGCAGACGGCCGCCAGCACCGGCGCCACUGUUGAGCCUAGCAUCCGCGGCGGAGAACAACAACUUCCUUAGUCAUUUCCAAACCAGCGCUGAUCAACCAGUGCCCCAGUCUCCAGUCACACUGGCGCAACCGCGACCCGAGUCCGAGAGGCUAACGAACGAGUAUGUGGACACGCCGCUGCAGCAUGCCACGCGCAUGCAGCAUCCGGCUGGGCAGCAGGACAAUGGCCAGACGACAACGCAUCAUUUGCUGUUGCUGCCACAGCGGCAGCAGCACCAUCAGCAUCUGCAGCACCUGCAACACCCACACCCGCACCAGCACUCGCAUCAUCAUCAGCAAUCCUCCUUUGGCCAGCAGCAUCAGCAGCAGCCACCUCAUGUCCGACUGGGAGCGACGACGGCGGCAACGACGGCGACGCAGGGAGGAGCAGGAGCAGGAGGAAUCGAUCAUACCGAUGGCUUAUUACAUUCACAUUUGCACUCCACAACGCCAGCGCAACAGCAGCAGCAUCACCUAAGCAAAGGACAACCCGCCACAAAGCCUCGACUGGGACUGGGACUGGGCUUGGGCUUGGGCCUGGGUCUGGGACUGUCGCAGCAGCCCAUCACGCAACCCAUCAUCACCAAGCAGCCGACAGCCACAACACCCGCCACGCAGACGCUUCAGUCGCAGACGCAGACGAGCAAGGAGCACAUGCACGCACUGGAGGAGCUGCUGCAGGCCCAGCCCGGCAACGGAGGCGGCGGACCCGGACCCAUUGUGAUGGGGGGCGAUCCCACGCUAAUGAUACCCAUUGUGUGUCCGCGGUGCGGCCGCUGCCGCUGCGAGCAGUGCCAGAGUCCGCGCCCGCUGCCCCAGACAUGGGUCUGCAACAAGACCUGUCUGUGCAGCGCCGAGUCCAUCAUCGACUAUGCCUCCUGCUUGUGCUGCGCCAAGGCGUUGUUCUACCACUGUGCGCGGGACAACGACAUGGACUGCGAUGACGGCAACGGCACCCCGUGUGUGGACAAUCCCUGCUCCUGCGGCCCCUACAAGCGCACCCAGAGAUGGGGCUGGCUGGGGGCACUGUCGAUUGUGCUGCCAUGCCUGUGGUGCUACUGGCCGAUGCGGGGAUGCAUGAAGCUCUGCGAGAAGUGUUACGGGAGGUUUGCGGGCCGCGGAUGUCGCUGCCAGGGCGUGGGCGGGGCAGGCGGCAUUGGCUCCACCAGCAGCAUGCUGCCAAUUGUUCCACUGGGCGUCAACGGAGCCAACGGCGGACUCGGCGGCGGCCUCAAUGGGACGACCAACGGAGGGCAGAUCGGUGGAGCAGGCAUGGGACCCUUGAGCCAGGCCAAUGGCAAGGCCAUUGAUCAUGGCUGCAGUGCGGCCGCCAGUCGUAUCCUUCGCAAGGGCGACCUCACCCCCGAGAAGCGGCUCCUCGACUCCAGUCCGGACUACUAGAGGGGGGAGUCCCCCCGUGUUCUGUGUGUGGUUUUUCCCAAGCCGAAAAAACCUCAGACACAGGGCAAUGAAAAUUCACCAAGCAGGAGCUGGAAUCUGGAGCUGGAAAAUGCGGUGGAACCCAACCCCUAAAAAUAUAUAUAGUAUAUAUACGAAAGAAAAUAUUUAAUAUAUGAAUUAAAGGAUAUAAAAACAAGAGGAAAGAAAGAAUGAACGAAAGAAAGAAAGAGAAAAAAUUAAAUAACCAAAGACUGCAAACAGAUAAUUAUUAAUUAUUAGAAAUGUUAUUUAAAAAAAAUACAAUUUUUUUUUUUGCUUAAUUAAAAAAGGAAAGGGAAAUGAAAAAGAGAAGCGGGAAUCCGGGGAAACCGGGAAAACGGAAAAGAAAGGGAAAACUAAAGGAUUAGGGAUUUAUAUUUGGCUUUUUAUGAUGAUGUGUUUUUUGUAUUAUUUUUUUUUUUUUUAAUUUUAAAUUUUAAAAUUCAAUGUUCAAUUUCUAAGUCAAAUUUUUAAUUUUUAAACAAUAUAUUUUGUAUGUAUAAAAUGUAUUCCAAUGAAUUUUCCAAUGCGAAAAACACACACACACACACUCACACACAAAUGUUUGUACCGGGGGGGUGGGGGGUAAACGAGAGUAGAGGAAACCCUUUUUUUUAUUUUCAUAUAAAAAGAAAAACAAAUAAAAGAAAAGAAAAACGAUUUGAAAUGAGGCAUAACACCAGAUUAUAUAGUACCAUAUAUAAUCCUAUAUACAACAUGAAUACAUAUACUACGGAGCGGAAGAGAUAAGUUUUUAGAGAAAUAUUGCAAAUGGCAUAAGAAAUUGUAGUCGAAAUAUAUUAUACCACGUCCAUUUUUGAUGUUGUAGCAAAAACACACGCAUAAAAUAUUGUACGAAUUUAAAGAAAUUCUUAACUUAAAUAUUGAUGUAUCUACGAUGUGCCGUAACGUGUAUUUCUUAAUGGGAACCAUAGACCAGGAUCCAGUACUCGUGUGUAAAUGUGCUUAUAAAUGUAUCUAUUGGUAGCCGGAACAAAUCUGUUUGAGAGGAGAACACUACCCUACUCAACUCUACUCUACUCUACAAUAUAUAUGGGAAUAAUGAAAUUAGUUUCUUAUGAGUGUAUUUUAUAGAUGCUAUAUCGUAGCCCCGAAGCCGAGAGCAAACAUGAAUUGUACAUACAAAAUACAAAUAUUCCAAAUAAUAGCAGAAAAACCAGAAAGGAACAACUGAACGAAGGAAGGAAAGAAAGAAAGAAAAGCCAAGCCAAGAAAAACUUAAAUGUAAAAUGCAGCAAAAAACGACAAUUUUUUUUUUUUUUUUUUUUUUUUUGUAUAGAAAAUAUCCAUAUGAAAUAUGAUACAAACAAAAAAAAAACAAAACAUUUAAAAUAUAAAAACAAAUACAUACAGUGGCAAAUUAGCAACUUAAAAGCAAAACAAUUUAUACGAAAAAAAGAGUAAAGUAAACUAAACAAAAAAUUAAUAUUUAAAAACAAAACACUAAAAACACAUUACAAUAUAUAUUCGCUAUAUAUAUCUGUAAACUGUAAUCUGUAUAUGUACUAUAUAUAACUAUGAUAUAUAUAUAUACGAUACGAUACGAUACGAUAUGCCUAGAUAUAUGUACCUAUGCUUAAAAGAAUCCUAACUAUUAAAAUAAAAAUAAAUACAAAAUGCAAACACACAAAAAAUGCAAAAAACAGAAAAAACCCCACAAAAACAAACUAAAAGAAUGGAAAAACAGAGGAAAAACUCCUUCAAGAUUUAGUUGGUAAAAUGCAAAAAACAAAAGAAACAGAAAAUAUCGAUACAAAAACCAUAAACAAUUUAAAUAUCUAAGGCACACCCUCUAUACAUACAACAACAAAA